UUCGUCAGGACACAUUUGCCUAAAAGCAAAGUUUAUCUGGAGACCACCAGCCGUUUUGCUUCCAUCUAUAUAUACUCUGUCCUUCUCGCGCGCGCACGGGCAAUCGUUGGUUUAUGUUUGGCUUCUGUCGACUGCUAUCUCCGAUCCUGCUUCCUGCUUGCUAUAUAGUGCAUUCCAGCUACUUAACUGAGAUCAGCCGAGAAAGAAACCAAGCGAAGAGAUGGGUUAGAUGUAUAAAUUCCAUGAUGAAAAUGGAAUCGAUCUGCUGGAGGUCGCAUAGGCAGCUGCAUGGUCUUCCAUGACGAAACGGAGGUUGCAGUAGAUCUAGUAGCUACACCGCAGAGAUCCGGCGAACCGGGCUGACUGGCGCGGCCGGUUACUCCAAUCCAAUAAUCCAUCAUGCUCAUUGAGGAUUUUUAUGCUCACACGAUAGACGAGGCUGCCGAAAUAAUUCUCGACUACUACUUACUGAAGAAAGACACUAGUACUACAAGAAGCUUAAGUAGCAGAGACAAUGUCUUCUACUUCGAUGGGUGGGGCGGGCUGGGGGCGUCCGCCGUCCUCCGAGCCGUCGCCCAGCGCCUCACCUCCGCAACUUCACCAGAUCAGGUCAUCCACAUCGACUGCUCGAUGUGGGAGAGCCGGAGGUCGCUCCAGAGGGCGGUCGCGGAGCAGCUGAGGCUCCCUGAUCAGGUGAUGGAGCUGUUCGACAGGCAAGACGAGGAGGACGAUUUCAAGGGGGUGCCCCAAGGAUCCCGCGCCGAGCUAGAACAAGUCACCAGGGAGAUCUACCAGCACGUACAGCAGCAGCAGAUGAAGCACAGGUUCUUUGUGAUCUUCCACAAUGGGAGCAAUGAGGAAGUGGACUUUGCCAGCUUGUGCGGCUUCACCAUGUCCGGGUACUCAACAAACAAGGUGCUGUGGACAUUCCAAGGGAGAUUCCGGCUGAAACCCCGGGCGGAGAUCGACACGGCCAUGAAGAGCACAGGAACGACUGAUACUUUUAUCUCUGCAUUAUCAGCAACGCAUGGUGGAGAAGUUCUACAAGCUGAGCUCUUGUCCUACCUUGCAGAGAAAGAGGCUUUGGAAGUAGCUGAAUAUUGCAAGAUCAAUACUGGCCCUCGCGGAGUCAUCGUUCAGCCUGAGCAAGUGGCCGAGUGCUUUCUGUACUUGUUGGGGCUAUGCUCUAGAGGCCACCAUUCGGUUGACUACGGUUGGGCCACCCAUGGCGCCAACUACUGGAUCUGUGAUGGCAUCAUGCAGCAGCUACAGCAAGGACAUGGAGAAGUUGGCGAUGAUGGAUUGUGGAGAGCCGCUGAGGCUAUACAACGUGAGGUGCUGUUGGAUGCGUACUACCAUCAGUAUUUGCCCUCCUCUCCUUUGGCAUGGUUUGUUGAGACGAAGCCAUAUUGGAGUUCACCAAAUUAUGGAUUCCAUGAGAUGCCAGCGAGAGCAGCUAUUCCCAAGGGAGACAUGUUCUUCCCACAGUACUGCUUCGACAAGCUUCGUGUUCUCAAGCUCACACGAUGCACCUUCAGCAUCCAAUCACCUCCGUUCCUCUGCUGCCACGGGCUCAGGUUUCUAUGGCUGGAGCACUGCGAGGACACUGGGAACAAUGACACGGACGGAGCAAGGAUGGAGGAGGACGUGCGCCGGUGCUUCCAGAGGCUGUGGGUGCUCGUCGUGCGCCACACAAAGUGUGAUCAGAUCUUGUCGGCGCAGAUGUUGGAUCUCAUGACCCAGCUCAGGGAGCUAAUUGUGAUGGGAGCGCAAGGUUGGGACAUGGGGCUGCUGCAUGGACGGCUCCCUAACAUCCGCAAGCUCCGAAUAACAAACUCUGGAAUCAUUGGACAGCAAAGGGUGCUGACGGAGAUGAACAAGAUGGAGCUUCUUGACUUUUCAAGUAACACUGGCUAUUCUCCCAUGAAGAUCUUAUAUGGGCCAGGGGCAAUCAGCAACAGUAGCUGCCUUGAGUCUGUUAUUGUUGAUGGAUCUGAGGGACUCGAGCAUAUUUCCUUCAGUGGAUGUUCUAAACUGAAGAAUCUAUUCUUAAGUGGUUGGAUGGGGGGUCUCCGCACCCUAGACAUCUCAGGCACCAUAGUGAAAAUACUAGAUCUCACAGCAACAACAAUCCGGUACCUUAAUGAGCUCUAUCUACUUGGCUGCGAAAAUCUUUGUGCAAUCACGUGGCCACCAAAAGAUAAAAUGAAGCAAGCAGGCUUGUCUAAGCUGCGCAUUGACACCACACAGUCAGCACCCAUUGUUCAAUCUACUAGAGAAGAAAUCGCCAAGAGGGAUAGUACUACUACAGGAGCACCGGAAGCAACAGUACUACUUCAUGGCAGUCGACCUAUCAGUGAAUUUCCUUGGUACAUUUCUGUACGGGAUUCAAGGCUCCUCACGUCCCUUGAGCCAGUGUAUUCCGAUUCCCGCAACAUCCAUGUGGAUGUUUCCUCUCCGGCAAGUCCUACUAUUAUUUCUGGUGGUGGUUGCAAAGAUGAAGGAAUCGAGAGCAGUGGCAGCAGUGACCAGCAAGUGCUAGCAAGCCUGCAGCAGCAGCAGCAGACUGCACCUGCAAUAUACACGGCCGAGAGCAUGGUGAACCACCUGAAGAAGGAGGCUAGCGAAGGCGACGGUGACGCUCUUGGGAUCAUGUGGAUGUGGCCUUGCUCGGAUGUUCCUGAUCUUCCGCAGGAGAGCUGCUACAUGCACAUACAAGAUCAGGCAAGGAAAGAAUCAUUUUCGCAAGGUGGUGAAGGAACUAGUAGUACUAGUGCUUCUGUGCCGAAGUUUGUAUCACUCUGUGCCAAGAUCCUGCACAUCCACGAUAGCACGUCCGUCACUCAUGCCCCUUCAGCUACGACGCGGCUGGAUUUGGAAUGGCAGAACCUAGAGUGGUGCAGAGUCGAGAGGUGCCCUAGAGUGGAAUCUGUCUUCACUGCUUCACCUUCAUACCCGGGAGGUCCCAUCUUUGAGUACAGGUUGAGAACAUUUUGGGCGUCCCACCUUCCGAAGGCACGUUGUAUCUGGGAACUGGGAGAAAAUUAUCCUGUCUACGAUCGUACAUUCCCAAACCUAACAUUUUUACACCUCGACUACUGCCCUAGGCUUAGACAUGUACUCCCUUUGUCUUGGGUAAUCAUCGACCCAUCCAGGGGCAUGAGCAGCUUGAGGCAACUGAAGACCCUCGAGAUCACGUGGUGCGGAGAUCUCCGGGAGGUAUUCCCUUUAGACAACCUCGCCAAAAACUACGCCGAGCGGCAGCCUCAGCCAGUUACCCUAGACUUCCCCAGUCUGAAGCAUAUCCACCUGCACGAGCUCCCUUCGCUUCGGCGCAUCUGCGGGUUCAGGAUGUCGACGCCCAAUCUUGAGACCCUCAAGAUCAGGGGAUGCUGGAGCCUCAGGCGCCUUCCGGACGUCAGCGGCAGCGGCAAGGUCGUGGAGUGCGACUGCGAGAAGGAAUGGUGGGACAAGCUGGAGUGGGACGAUGGCUCACAGGCGAGCCGCUACAAGCCGAUCCACUCGCGGUACUACAAGAAGACCUUCCUCAGGACCACCGUGCUCAGGUGAGGCGAUUCCGACCGGCCAUUCGUUGAACUGCGGCAGCCAGGCUGCCAGAGUCGCUGGCAUUGCCUGCUGGUGACUGAACCCAUCUCCUGCUGCUAUUUCUGCUUCUGCAUCUGUGUCUUCCUGAUUGGUUUGUUUGCGUGAGAACGACGACGACGAGGAUGCAUGCUUUGCUUGCGUCCGCGUGGUCUGUCAUCUGCAUCGGUUUGCUCUGCUUUCGUUUGUUUGGUCGGCGUUCCUCGAUGGAUCGAGGCGUCCGUCCAUGGCUAUACCUCAGAUUGAAAGUGUGUGUGUUAUCAUGCCAUCUUGUUGGAUAAGAUGGUGUGAUGCAGAGUUCCGGACAGACCUGCGUGCUCUGUCUGGGGCUGCAAGAAAUAAAAGCAAGAGCCAGCAUUCAGUUCAGCGGCUGGCUGGCAUGCCCUCGUGCUCGCUGAGGCCAAAUGCUGAGCUCUUGUCUGGUGUGUUUGUGGUGCGUGCUAUGUUUCUGUGGCGUAUGAGCUUUCAGACCAUCAGCUGUGUGUGGAAUGGGGGAGAUGUUGUACAUGUUAAUCUGUUGCGUGUGUGUUGUGUUCUUAGCUUGUUAGCGUGAGCAUGAUGUCAUCCCCGCGUCAUGCGCGUCUGUUUCGUUCAUGCAGAGUCGUGUGUGUGGUGGAGCUUAGAGGCUGGCAACGGCGCCCACGUUCCUUGGCUGUGGGAUGGCGCAGCUAAUUCAGGGGGGGCGUGGGCGCAUGCGUCCGUGGUCUAAGCCGAGCCUGUAAUCGAGUCAAUAAAAGGAGAAGAAAUCAGAAAAUGCAGCAAGUUUGUGCGCUGCGCCAA